AAACAAAAUUUGUGAAGUGCUUUGCUUGGCGCGUGAAGAGUUGGAAUGCAUUUUCAAGUCCACUCUGCAGACUUUAGCCAAUAAUGGCCAAACCCCAAACCCAAUCCCUGCUAUCAUCACUGUAGCCACACUCUUGUUCGCUUCACGGUAAAAAAACAAAAGGUUAAAAUUAUAUUUUACAGCGCAGUAAAAAUCAAUUAGAGAAGCAGCUAUCAAGUGAUUUGAUUUCAGAGGAAGGAGGAAGGAGGAAGGCUUAUAUCAAGACGGUCUCAACGCCCCCCUUUGAAACCAAAACACACACACACACACACACACACACACAGAAACAGCUUUCUUUUUGCAGAUAGAAAGGGAAGAAAUUACCCAAAAAACAAAAUUUAUGGCCACACUCUCUUAUUCCUCUUAUCUUCGUCUUCUUCUUCUCUAUUAAUUAGGAAAAAAAAACUGUUGAAUUUUUUUUAUUAAAAUUACAUAAUUCCUGUUGAAGGGAGGGGAAAUGGAGUUUGAGGAUCAAGAAGAGCAGGAAGAAGAGAUGGGUUUGACACCGAGUUAUGACUCGCUGGGAAACUCGUCUAGACUCAAAAUGUCAGGUGUUGAACCUGGUUCAGUAACUCCAACGGGUCAGCAGCAGCAGCAGCAGCAGAGGAAGCCUAGGUAUAGGGAGUGUUUGAAGAACCAUGCGGUGGGGAUCGGCGGUCACGCUCUCGACGGUUGCGGUGAGUUCAUGCCGGCUGGAACUGAAGGCACCCUCGACGCUCUCAAAUGCGCGGCUUGUAACUGCCACCGUAACUUCCACCGCAAGGAAUCUGAGCUUGGCUCCCCAAACUCCGUCCACACCACGGACCUCUACUUCCAUCACCACCACCACCACCAGCCACCGCAAUUUGCGCCUUACUUUAGAGCACCAACAGGGUACCUCCACGUUGCCGGACAACAAAGGCCAUUAGCUUUACCAUCAACCUCAGGAGGAGGAGGACACAGCAGAGAAGAUCAAGAGGAUGCUUCGAAUCAAGGAAGCUCAAGGAAGAGAUUUAGAACAAAGUUUACGCAGGAACAAAAGGAGAAGAUGCUGAGUUUAGCUGAGAGACUAGGGUGGCGGAUUCAGAAACAUGAUGAAGAGAUUGUUCAACAGUUCUGCAACGAAACUGGGGUCAAAAGGCAAGUUUUGAAAGUUUGGAUGCAUAAUAACAAGCACACUCUUGGUAAGAAACCCUAGAAACAGAUUAUGAGGGAACUUUAGAUGUGUACAUUUUUUAGGGUUGACCAUCUGGGGAGGGAAGGGUACUUUGAUAGUGAUUAUGAUGUUGGGCAUGGACUACUUAACAGUGUUAUUAUGUUGGGUUUAAAUUAGGUUAUCACGUAAUGUUAAUGGGAACUUAAGUUAUUUUAGUUCUAA